UUCUAUGUGUUUUAGUAACCCACCAAAGUGCAUGAAGCUGUUCAAAAGUAGGGGGGUGACAAAUCAGACCCCAUGUCCAUGCUGGAGAUCUUCCCAAGCCGCCCACAUGUGGACCUUGGUGAAUGUCCUUUGAGGGCUUCCUGCUGAUUGCUGGAUCCAGCCCCUCUAGGAAUCCUUUUCAUUGUAAGUCUGUGGAUUGUUCAAAUCUUGAUCCCAAAACAGUCUGAAAAAACUAUUUGGAAUGAAACAAAACACCUUCCUCAAUAGCAGAAGUACAUCAAACUGCAAGUUAGCCAUCAGCACAUCUAAACAUUACUCACAAGUGCAUGUGUGUAUAAUGUCUGUCUGUCUGUCACAGAGCUGGGAAUCAGCGGAUGUGGGUUCUAGUCCCAGUUCUGCUACCAACUUCCUGUGGGACCUGGGCAAGUCAUUUAACUUCUCUGGACCUCAGUUUCCCCGUGUGUAAGACUGGUACAGUGAUACUUGUCUCUUUGUAAAGCGCCUCAAGCUCUCUGGAUGAAAAGGGCCUCUACAAGUGCUAAGUGUUGGUGUUGUUAUCUAUGCACUGUGCAGCUGCGGAAAACGACUGUGCUGCAUCUACACACCCUGUUGCUAGAUAACAUGGCAUUGUAAUUUCACCCACUGUCCUGAUUUCUGCUGUCUCCGCAGUGAGCACUGGGAAUUUGAUGUGUCCAAAAGACGCUUUCCUAAUUAGCACAAAAACUCUGCGUGCAGGGAAGUUUUUGUGAUGAUCCAAAUUGCUAACGAGGCCUGGUGCCCAGAGCUAGACACUAACGUGGUGUGGACUUCUUAGAUGGCUUUGUUGUUGUAAUGUUCAGGGCUUGGGCAGGACUUCUGCCUUCUCAGGAGUGUGACAGAAAUGCCUGUGUGAGUGUGUUAACUUUCCAGGGAGCACCCGAGGGGAGAGAACAGGGCUGAACUGGAGGGUUUGCUUUGGCAGAGAGGGUGCUGUAAUGAAGAUUUCCCUUUGGCCUGUGCACUCUGAUUACACUAAACUUUUACACUUCCUUGUUGAUGUGGGGUGGUGGCGUUAUUUAUUUCUAUUACAGUAGCACAGAAAUAGUAACACCUUGAGUGUGAUACACCCUUGCUCUGCCAUUCUGCUCUAGUAGUGUUUUACACCCAUGUUGUAUUAUAAUUAAAUAUAUAAAUCGUAACUCACCAGGGGGGCAGCUUUGCUGAUAGUAGUAGUGGUAGAAGCACUAGUGUAGACAGGGCUCAGGUGUUUUUAGUGGCUUAUUGUCUGACCUUCACAGUAUGGUGAUAGCCAACCUUACCCUGUUCGUACCAGUGCUUCUGCUGUUGCCAAUGGAGAUGCACCAGUAGUAAACGGUGCUGCAGCCAGAGGGAGUCAGUGUGAGGGCUGGGAUUAGGACCCAGUAGUUUUUGGAUCCUUGCUUUGUGAUCUGCCAUUCUGGAGUGGAAAUGCACAAAAUUCCAGUAACAUCUCUCCUGGGAUAAGUCACUUUCAUUCUAUAAAUCUUCCCCGGUGUGGACUGUGCCUCCACCAGAGCUUGUUGGUGCCAUGCACUGAACUUGUGAGGGGACAUGCAAGUCUGACUUUGGGGUCUAGAGCAGAGGUACCAGACCAGCUCUAAGCUUUGUGGCUUUGCUUUUAUUUUAGUCUGAUACGCUUGAUGGGGCCUGUUGGUGUCUCAGGUUCCCCUCAGUGGCUGCUGAGUCUUGUGGCUAUUGCAGGUCACCCCUGCCAGCCUUGCUCUGUCUGCUGGUAGAAAGGGUCUAGUUAGGCCUCUGCUUUCUCCUAACUGUUCACCACCUGUUGGAUGCCUCCUGCUGCCAACCCCAAUGCUUUGACACCGGCGAAUUCAACCCAGAGCGUAAUGUGGCAGGUAAAUGGAUUUUAAACACAAGACCUUGCCAUUCAGUUGUCUCUUGCACGCUGAACCUCUGCAUUAGAAACCCCACAGCUGCGCCAGCUCUGAGGAUGGUAGCCCUGAACCGUGCUCUUUGCCUGUGUGCCUCCAUAGCUCUGCUAACUAACCAGCUUCAACCUCUGGCUGCAGAUUUUCCCCAUCUUUCAAACGCAUCUGAAGCAAAUGCAGGAAUCAUGCUGCAUGCAUUUUCCUGGGCCUUGAUUUUCCUAAUAAACAUUGUGGGCAGAGACCUGGCCAUUUCAUCCUGUGCUGGAUAGUCACAUUUUCCCAGUGCUGGCGCUGACACAAUUUUCAAUAUACAUGUUGUAAGGGAGGCCAUUCGCCUCAAUUGUACCUUAUUGUCUCAUGUCCCCUUUGCUCCUCGGUGUGUGUGUUUGUUUUCUCUCCUUACAAAUGGUGAGGGCAGAAGGACUGGGGCAGACAGGGUGGGAGGGGGUCUGGUCACUUCCACAUUGUAAGAUUCACAAGUCAUUCUGGAGCCAGUCUUCUGCACAGCAUACGUUCCAUGUGGUUUGUGGUGGAGGCAUUCCUGUAUUACAGGAAGCCAGAUUCAGGAUCAGGGCCCUGUUGCACUAGACUCCCUCAGCCAAAGCGGGAAGGAUUGGUUCCUGCCCUAGAGGGCACUCUUAGUUUCUGUGAUUUGUGAGGUGUGCACAUGGAGAGGGCAACUCUUCUAAGGCUUUGGAAAUAGAGGUGUCAGUGCUGGUGCCACCCAGGGUUAACACAACCAUCAGCGAUGGGGGUAGCGUGGGCAGUGCUGUGCAAGCUCUGCCAGCGUCCUUCAGUCCUGAUCUGCAGCGUCCACAGCUGUCCCAGCCUGGGCGCCUCACACCACCCCAAGAAUGUGGGCCUCUGCUUACCAAAGGAUGGCUGGAGCUGGAGCUUGGCCUGGUGGUGAGGGGGCCAGCCUGAGACUUGAGAGACAGGAGUUUGAUUCCUGGCACUGCCACAGACUCCCUGGGUGGUCUUGAGGCUCUGUGCCUAUGUUCCCCUCUGUACAGUGGGGCUGGUGAUAUUAGCCAGGCCCUGCCUCACAGGGGGUGUAAGAACAAAUCCACUAACGCUUGUGAGGUGCUCAGGGACUGCAGCGAUGGGGGGCCAUGGGAGUGCCCAACACAGACAAAAUCACUGCCAUCCUAGUCCUGAUGGGCCACCUACAGCAGAUGAGUUUUCUCGCUAGUCUAUGUUUGUGCUGUGGCUAUUAGGGUUGUGUCAGGCCUCCAGUCUGGUCUGUGAUUCCCCCCAAGAGCUGCCCUGUGUGUGUUUGUUUUUAAAAACUCUCCCCAGAGGUGCUGGAGAGCUCUCACAAGGGCUUGAGCAGCCGGUAUGCUGGCAGCAGGCUCACAUACGUGCUCAAGGCUGCACAAGGAGAUGGCUCUGGCUUUGGGGCUUUCCUGAUGGUGUAUGGUACACUGGUGGUGGUGGCUUCCAGAAGUAGGGGAAGGGUGGGUGAUAGGGUCCCCUUGUAGGGGGGCUGCUGAAGACCUCUGCAUUGCCAGGAGGUUGGGAAUGCCCCCAGCUGUCAGGGAGGAGGUGGGUGCAUGAGAGGGGGGAGGGAGUUUGUUUUGGGGCUUUUGUCGGUUUUGAUCAGGAGAGGAAAUUGGAAUGAAAACACCUUCAGGAGGCAGAAACACAGGGCUUAAUUUGGUUCCAUAUUCGGUGGAAUUCUUCUGGUGCAGGAUCCCUAUGACUGCUUCUUCCGAAAACAAAGACGAGACACAGGGGGCUGCAAAAGUAGAGGAGUCCCCGAUAGAAGUGUAGCUUGUGUUAACGGCAGUGGUAGGAAUUGGUGAAGGCUAGUGUGCUUCUGGGACUGGGGCUUUUGCCCGCCUGCGCCAGGAGGGAUCGUCCACCUCCGCCAGCCUGGAGCAUCAUCUACACGUCUCCCCAGGCAGCUGCGGCCACCUGGCUUCUGAGGCCAGCCUGAUGGCGGAGCCUCGCUUUAACAACCCCUACUUCUGGCCGCCCCCUCCCACCAUGCCCAGCCAGGUAAGACCCCCUCCCUACCCUGAAGCAAGAGAAGCGAGGAGGGGCAGCUUUUUGCAGUCGUGGGUGAGGUCCAGCUGCAGAGCAGCACGAUCCCAGCUGGACAACUUGGUUCUGAUCAAUAAAAUCAAGGAGCAGCUGAUGGCAGAGAAGAUCCGGCCCCCUCACCUGCCCCCAACCUCGGUGUCCUCUCAGCAGCCCCUGCUGGUGCCCCCCUCGCCUGCGGAGAGCAGCCAGUCCAUCAUGUCCCUCCCCAAACUGCAGCAGGUCCCAGGGCUGCACCCACAGGCCGUCCCCCAGCCUGACGUGGCCCUGCAUGCCCGGCCGGCCACCAGCACGGUCACAGGUCUGGGUCUGGCCUCCCGUGCCCCCGUAGUCAGCACCUCGGAAUCCAGCACUGGCACCAGCACCCCCUCCACCCCAACCUCCACCAGCCAGAGCAGACUCAUCGCCUCAUCGCCCACCCUCAUCUCAGGGAUCACCAGCCCCCCACUCCUGGACUCCAUCAAGACAAUCCAGGGCCACAGCCUGCUGGGGGCGCCCAAGUCAGAGCGAGGGCGGAAGAAGAUCAAGGCGGAGAACCCGUCGGGGCCGCCCGUCCUCGUGGUGCCCUACCCCAUCCUGGCCUCAGGCGAGACUGCUAAAGAGGGCAAAACCUACAGGUGUAAAGUCUGCCCCCUUACCUUCUUCACCAAGUCGGAGAUGCAGAUCCACUCCAAAUCACACACAGAGGCCAAACCCCACAAGUGCCCGCACUGCUCCAAAUCCUUCGCCAAUGCCUCCUACCUGGCCCAGCACCUGCGCAUCCACCUGGGCGUGAAGCCGUAUCACUGCUCCUACUGUGAGAAAUCCUUCCGCCAACUCUCCCAUCUCCAGCAGCACACCAGAAUUCACACAGGCGACAGACCCUACAAGUGCCCACACCCUGGCUGUGAAAAGGCUUUCACGCAGCUCUCCAACCUCCAGUCACACCAGCGACAGCACAACAAGGAUAAGCCCUACAAGUGUCCUAACUGCUACCGGGCAUACUCGGACUCAGCAUCGCUGCAGAUCCACCUCUCUGCACACGCUAUCAAACACGCCAAGGCCUACUGCUGCAGCAUGUGUGGGAGGGCCUACACCUCGGAGACGUAUUUGAUGAAGCACAUGUCCAAACACACCGUGGUGGAACACCUAGUGAGCCAGCACUCACCUCAAAGGACGGAGUCACCCAGCAUCCCAGUGCGGAUCUCGCUCAUCUAAUCUGGGGCUUCCUUGCCCACCCCUACCCUACGCAGCUCUCCUCCCCCCAAUUCCGGAUCGCCAGGGGGCAGCUUGGAGACGAUCACACGGACCACCCCCCCCAGCACCGCCACUGAGUGCCCGUGCCUGCCGAGUCACGGGGAGCGACUGUGAAGACACUCAUCUUUUGGGAGAAAUUAAUGAAUGAAUUAAUGUUUGGAAAACACCCCUCGGCCCUGGCCCCGCCCCCAGCACCCUGCCGGGAGAGCCAGGGACUCGUCCACAGUUUUGGUGACAUCCAAAGACUAUUUCAGAGCACUUUGAAUCUCUGUUUGGUUUCUUCAUUUUCUUUCUUUUUUUCCCUUCUUUCUGCCCCAUCCUCCAUACUCCUUUCUGCUCUCUUUUGGAUACAAGGAAAGAGAGAGAGAGAGAGAGAGAGAGAUUGGCCAAGAAGUUGGUGCUGCUAAAACCGAAAACCCAAACUGGACAGAGACGCGCUGGAUGGUGUGGCGGGCAGGAUCCAGGGCCUGGCGCUCGGGCUCCUUCAGCCUCAGGAUGAGACUCUGGGACGUACCCAGCCUGGUGCUUGGUAUCUGCUGCCCCUCCUGGACUCUCCGUUGGGAGCCAGCAUGAGGCCAGUUGAGGGGGGAAUGGGUUAACCUGUUGGCUGGAGAGGUGAAAUCUACUGGCGCUGUUGGUGCGGGGACAGGCGCUGGAGCAGCAGCUGCAGGAGGGAGACCUUUGUUCCACAGACGUCGCUGUUCCCCGCUGGGGCUUGUCCUCUGCCACUUUGUCUAACCUCGUUGGGACAUUUUGGUUGUUUCCUUUUGUUUGUUUCAUUUGUCCUGGUUGGAGCUGCACAGGACUGGCUGUCCCUGCGGCCACGCCAUGGUCCGUGCACAUUUCCCUGGCGGCGCGAGGAAUCGCAGCUGGGGCUCCGCCUAGCUGGGGGUAAGUGUGGUGGCUGCCGGAGGAGGCACUCAGCCUAUGACAGGGACAUAGCUGGGGCUGGCCAAGUUCAUGGAGGGCAGGGCUGGUCAUGCCUAUGUGAAAUCCAGAGAUGCAGCCCAUGAAGACCACAGGUCCCAACAUGCUGUGCUCUAGUGUGAGCUAAGCAGUAUCCCGCCAGAUCGGGAAAGCACAUUGCCUACUGGGAGCUGUAGUCUAUAGGAUUGGGCAGGAGUCAGGCAGACUGUGGCCAGUACUGGUAUAGGCCCAGCUGUGGAGCUCCCCUUUCCAGACUCCAGCUCUGCUAGGCCAGCCAUGGUGUAUGGGAGUGGAGGAGCACUUUGGCCAUGGUGCUGAGGAUCUGGGUGGGGGGGUUGGGAGCCUCAGCUGCCCAUGAUCUGUCACCUUCCCCCAAGUCUGCAUGGUGCUAACUAGGGAUUGUCCUGAGCUAUGAAGGGGCGUUUGCUACAGAAGAGCGAGUGUGAGAGAUGGGUGCGGGGGGCUCGCUGCAGGUUAUGCUCUUUGACGUGGAUUAUUUUUCAAUCUCUCUUCCCCACUAUGGGCAUCUAGUGCUGCUGCUCUGGAAGCCCGGGCACCACAGCAGCCUACCAGGGUUUCCAGAGUAGCGGCAGCCUGGGGUCUCCUCUCUCACAAUUACCUCCUGGAUCCUGUGUUUGCUUAUCAAGGGGAUGGGCCCCAGGCAGAGAGUUACAUGUGGGAGAGGGGAGUCCGCCCCAUAGGAAAGCUCCCUCCAGACGUCCAGCUACCACCCCCUGUGCAAUACAGUACAACGGGCUCCUGCACGCCAGCUCUGCCCCUCCGAGCUAAGGGUUCCCUUAACUCUGCUCCUCCCUCCAGGUUCCCAGCAGGGCACUGGCAAGCUCUUUCUGCACCUUCAAAGGAUUCACAUAGAAACCUCGUCUGGUGCCGGUCCCUGCCUCUCACUGGGUCCCUGAACCCUGCGGCGAGGCUAGCGCUGACUCCGUGCCCUGAACAGCUCAGUCUCUGGGGCUUUGGAGCAGUCGGUUGCUGUGGCGCCUGCCGUGUCUGUGCAGGAUGGUAAUGAGCCCACCUGCAGAGCACCUGUUGGCUGGCACAGUAACAGCUGGGAGACAGCUGCCUGGGGCAGUGACUCCCACGCCAGCCUGCAGAUGCACCUGGGGGCUGGCCUGGUGCUCAUUGGAACAGCUGCUGGCGGGGCACAGCUCCCAUUCGCCCUGUGCACACCAGGGCCUGUGACUGGCUCCAUUUCUGGCCCAGCUGCACCUGUCAGCACAAGUCACUUGUUCUGAACUUGGCUGACCCUACCUGGGCUGAGCCGGCACCGUAGUUUGGGUUUUAGCUUGUGCUGUGUGUAACAGGGCCACUUAGAAUUAGAUUUGAGGGUCACCUGCAAAUGGCUGUAUUGAGCACAGUAGGGCUCUGCAGGACUUGGGGAGAUCAGCAGGAGAGUGCAGGGGACAGCCUGUGUUGCCCCUGCUCCCUGUUGCUGGCAUCAGAGGUGAGCUGUGACAUUAGCACCACUUGAAUCUGAAAUUCUGAUCUGUUGGGAUCUGAUUCUGCUGCCAUGACAAAGCUCUUCCAGAGGUUAGUGGGGCAGGAUCAGGCCGUGAGCCCUCCUAGGAUGCAGGUAACAAACCAGCUCCCUCCCGAGCAAACUAAAGCACUAAAGGGGAAGAAGAAAGCCGGUGUGCCCUGGAGGCUGUGCUCAAUCGCUGGGACUGGCAGUGCCUGAGGGGGUUGGCUUACUCUGUCCUGGGACCGUGUGCCUGGUCAGAAGAGCGAUGGGAGAAACGCAGAGCGGUCUGUAUUCCCGGAGCGGAGUUCCUUCCCCACCUCCCCUGGCACCUCCUGGAAAUCAGCCCCCCAGCAGUGCAGUCUCAUGGCAGGGACCUUGGAGCAAGCUUAGGAGGGAGAAAUCCAGCAAUGUGAGACACGAGGCCCUUCCCUUCCCUGGGGUCACCCCACUGGGUACAGUAGAGGUACCCCAGGUAUGGAUCCCACUGCCCUCCAUGUGAUUCCCUCGGGACAGCUGGGGCACCAGCUUGAUCUCUGGCCUUUGGGGGCACUUAUCUGUUUUGGGAGCUGCAGAGCCUGCUCUCAGGCCAGAUGGACCGGAGGGAGAUUCCCCUAGCCCAGGGUGCUAUGGAUCUGCCUCUCUGCCUUGCAUAACCCCACAUACCAGUCACCAAGAAGCAAACGCAGCAGGAAGAAUGAUUCGCCAUGUGUAAAUACCUCCAAUGCAGCAGCUUUGGAGCGGCCUGGCCCAGCCAGAGUCAAUG